CCACAAUUUCACAUUAUUUAUUUUCUUAUUUAUUUAAUACAUUAUAAAUUUAAAACCUAUGUUAGUAUAUUUUCAUUUUUAGUAUUCAUUUAGUUCAUUCUAUUAAUUUAUGGACUGUGACUUAUAUUUUUAAUUCUGGUUUCCGGCAGUUCUAUGUUAAAACUUUGAAUUGCGAGUUGAGAAUUAAACCACAGAAUAUUAUUCUGUGAUUAAACUGAAAAAAAAUUGAUGAUAAACAUUUAAGAUGAAUAAUCUGUCGACUAGUGAAAAAGCAUUUAAACUUUUGAAUGGUGUCGUUUGUUUAUAUAAACCAGCUGGAGUUCAUCUAAGCGGUUGUCGCCAUUCAUUGCUGUUAAAGUUAACACAAGAGUUGAAUUCAUGCGGUGUUAGAUCUCCAGAAAAUCGUGUUGUCAUUUCCGGGGAUACCACAAAAGAACUUAAUGUAAAAUUAGAGCCCAGUUUUGCAGAUAAUGUACUUGUUGUUGGUCCCAGGUACCAAACCCAAGAUAUUAAAUGUAUAUGGACUACUCAUUUGGGAAAGCGUGUGUCAGGCGUUUGUGUCAUGGGACUAAAUAAGGGUACUAAAAUGGUAAGAAAUCUUCAAAACAACUAUCCAUUGCGAACAUAUCAUUUACAUGGACAAUUAGGAAUUAUGACCAAGAAUAUGCACAUCGAUGGCCAAGUUAUUGAAAAGGGACGUUUUGAUUUUGUGAGACGUGAAAAUGUUGAUAAACUUAUGUCUACAAUACAGGCAUCAAAUCAAAAAAAGAUGUUUGAGCUGGCAAAUGUAGACACUCAAACUCAAACAGCUUAUGAUUUGGCCAUAAAAGGGUUAAUCCGGCCAGCAACUUCUAAAAUUCCUUUAAUUUAUGGAAUUAAAUGCAUAAGUCUAGAUUUACCGAAUUUUAUCAUUGAAAUUAAUGUUAUUAAUGAAUAUGAGAAUUAUUUAUUAUCAUUAGUACAUGAAAUAGGACUAAAGUUGAGAUGUUCAGCGACAUGUACUGCUAUACGCUGUAUAAGAUAUUCAUCAUUUACUAUUCAACAAGCACUUUUAAUGAAACAUUGGAAUCUUCAAUUUGUGUUAGAAAAUAUGCGAGAAUGUAAUGCAUCAUACAAACAAAUGAGUAAACUACCUUCAUUCAUUACUGAACAAUCUUAUUUUGAAUCUAAUCAAAAAAUGAGUGGUAUACAAUAAUUUUGGUGAGUUAUAUAAUUAGUAUUCAAAAGUUCAUCAUUCACAUUUUAAAAGAUUAUUUAUAAAUACAUAAAAAACAUAUAAUUUAUUUAAUAAAAGGAGUUUUUUUUUGUAAA